AAAUAUUACUAUUUCCAUGCCAUUUGUGUUCUCUUUAAUAUUUUUUGUUUCAGAUUACUACGUGGAUGCCUCACGAGAAUCACCUGCUUCAAUUUCAGAUAACACUUUACGUCACAUUCUGCAACUAGUUUCUUUAGGUACUGGUUUAAGAGUCCCAUCGCCCCUUAGCUUGAGAACCAGAGAAAAAUCACUAAAAAGAGCACGAAUUAGUGUACCGCAACAGCGCGCCCAAUAUACCCCUCGCAACCAAGAAUUUACGAUUGGAUCGGAAUUCUUGGGAAAACGUUCUUAUAGUGAGCCAGAGGACAAAAGAAUGGGGUCAGAAUUUUUAGGUAAAAGAAUGGGAUCGGAAUUCUUAGGCAAGAGAAUGGGAUCCGAAUUUCUGGGGAAACGAAUGGGAUCUGAGUUUUUAGGAAAGAGAAUGGGAUCAGAGUUUUUAGGCAAAAGAAUGGGUUCAGAAUUUUUAGGAAAAAGAAUGGGCUCGGAAUUUUUGGGCAAGAGAUCGUAUGAAGAUGAUGACACAAUGGAUGAUUUACCUUACAAAAGAAUGGGCUCAGAAUUUUUGGGUAAACGAUUAGAUGAUAUCAGUGACGAAGAGCAAAGCCAGGAAGACUCUAUCUUCCAUUCCAAUCGUUCUCAAUCAUCUGAACAUCAGAAAAGAAUGGGGUCAGAAUUUCUUGGCAGAAAAAGGAGAGAUGUCGAAUUUGAACGGAAGUGGAAUUCUGGAGCGUAGGGUGAGAGGGAGAUGCAAUACGUGUUUAUUUUGUGUGUCUGUCUUCUUGUCGAAUGUGUGUUUUGGAAUGAUCAAACGUGUUUGGACAACG